CUUAGACUCAGCAUCCUAUAUAACAAGCAGAAACUGAUAGCCCUCUGCUUUCUUCCAUGCAAGUGUCUCUUGUUCGGUACUCGCAAUCAUCACUUCAUCCUUGGCCUAGCUCAUUCUAUUCCCCAAUAGCCCCAUUAAUUUUUCUUAUAUAGGAUUUCUUUACUCCGACAAAAACACAAUAUCUUUUAUCUCUAAAAAUUAAGAUUUCUUCCUCACCUCCUUAAAACACAAUGUCAAGCAGAGGAUUACGUUCUAGGCAGUCAAGCGGUGUUUCUAGGAUCAGAGAUGAUCAGAUCACUGAUCUUGUUUCCAAGCUGCAACUACUUAUCCCUCAGCUUCGUAGAGGGCGCUCCCACAAGGUAUCAGCUUCCAAGGUCUUACAGGAGACCUGCAACUACAUCAGAAGCUUACACAGAGAGGUGGAAGACCUAAGCCACCGGUUAUCGGAGCUAUUAGCUUCAACAGACAUCGAUAAUGACCAAGCAGCCAUUAUCAGGAGUUUACUUAUGUAAUAAUCAGUCUUUCCCAUUCUCAGUUUCUUACCUUUAGCGACCAAGCAGCCAUUAUGUACGAUUUGGUGAAGAACUAUCACUAGCUAGUUGUAGUAAUGCAGAAACAAGGGGGUUAGAACUUAAGACAAUGGGCAGAUAACAAUGUUAAAUAACCCUUGUCAUCAAGACUGCACACUAAUCUAGUCUAUCAUCAUAUAUUAUAAUAAUAAUAAUAGUAGUAAUAAUAAUAAUAAUAAUAAUUCAACAUUUCUAAAUCAAA